UCACACCCACGGCCAUCUCCACACAACACUACUACAUACAUAACUGUCUUAAAAACACUCUUUUUAACUUCCUCUUUUUCUCGCGACCAACGGUUCAUUUUCUCAGCGACCAAACACCUUUCCCUCUCUCUGCUCGUCAUGGAGAAACUCGCAAUUAAAGCUGAGAACUUGUUUUUCCUCUCCCACCGCAACCCGAGUUCGGUCUUCGAUUCCUCGGCCGGACCCCGUCGACUGCGUUUAUUCCCUCCAAAGGACCGGCGGUCGAGAGUUAGGGUUUUGUGCAGCGUCAAGGAGACGCAGAAGCUCAAAGAGAGCCAGAGAGUCGAUGGAGUUGUCAACGGGAUUCCGGUUUCGGGUUCCGAGGUCGAGUUUGGCGCCGAGAAUCGGUCCGAGGAAGCGGAGUUCACUUGGAAUUGGCCUCCAUGGAAGAACCUUCCUGAGAGAUAUAAGCUUAUCGGUACAACUUCCCUUGCGUUUAUUAUCUGCAACAUGGAUAAGGUGAAUUUGAGUGUUGCCAUAAUUCCGAUGUCACAUCAGUUUCAUUGGAGUUCUUCAGUGGCUGGAUUGGUGCAGUCAUCGUUCUUUUGGGGAUAUGCUUUGAGUCAGUUGCCAGGCGGGUGGGUUGCCAAGAUAUCUGGGGGGAGAAAGGUUCUUGAGAUUGGAGUAUUAACUUGGUCAUUCGCUACGGCACUCGUUCCUGUUCUUGCUGGGUUUAUGCCAGGCUUAAUAUUGUCAAGAAUUUUGGUAGGAAUAGGAGAAGGGGUAUCUCCAUCUGCUGCGACCGACCUGAUUGCCAGAUCAAUACCUUUGGAGGAGCGCUCACGGGCUGUAGCAUUUGUUUUUGGUGGUUUGAGUGUAGGAAGCGUUGCAGGGCUUCUCUUGGCUCCACCGCUGAUUCAAAAUCUUGGCUGGGAGUCGGUAUUUUACAUAUUUGGUCUUUUGGGGUUAGGCUGGUACUUGGGGUUUCAGUUUCUGGAAGACGAAAAAGUUUCAUUGACUGCAGAAUCCAUUUCACGUACCGAGACCAUUUACACAAAUAAAACGCGGAAUAAUUCUCUUGAAGAGUUGGGUGAUUCACUGAAGGAUGUACCAUGGAAGGCAUUUUUCCAAACUCCAGCAGUAUGGGCUAUGAUAUAUGCACAUUUUUGUGGAAGUUGGGGUCACUAUACUUGCCUGUCAUGGAUUCCUACUUAUUUUAGUGAGGAGCUGAACCUGAAUUUGACAGAAGCUGCAUGGGUUUCCAUUCUCCCUCCCUUGGCUUCAGUUUUUGUGACUAACAUUGCAGCACAGAUUGCUGACCAUUUUAUUGCAAAUGGAGUUGAAACCACUACGGUACGAAAGAUUUGCCAAACAAUUGCCUUUAUGUCACCUGCAAUUUGCAUGACUCUUUCCUCUCUGGAUCUGGGAUUGCCUCCUUGGGAAGUUGUGGGGAUUCUCUCUUGUGGCUUAGCCCUCUCAAGCUUUGCCUUGUCAGGACUUUACUGCACUCAUCAAGAUAUGUCACCUGAGUACGCAAGUAUCCUUUUGGGUAUUACCAACACGGUUGGGGCAGUACCUGGAAUAGUAGGUGUUGCGCUUACUGGCUAUCUUCUAGAUUUAACUCAUUCGUGGAGUAUAUCAUUGUUUGCACCGUCAAUAUUCUUCUACUUGACUGGUACAGUUGUUUGGUUGGUUUUUGCCAGCAGUAAGCCUCAAAGCUUUUCCAAGAGAGACUAAUCUAUUUUUGGCUCAGGGUUGCGUCUCUUGAGUCUAGUUUACCAUUAGAGAAUUUUUUUUUGGAUGUAUUAACCAUCCUAUAUUAGCAUUGAAAUGAACUUAUCCACUAGAUAACCUUUUGUAAAUGCACAUAGAAAGGACGCAGACAUACACAAUUUUCUGUAUGACACAUUAUUUAUUUCUUUUUGCCAAGUUCUCUGGUUGUAUUUCUGCAACCAUCAAAGUGAUGUAUUCUGCUACCAUCAAAGUGAUGUCUUAAACAUAUUUGAAAUAUCAUAAUGUAUAGCAGUUCUAAGGAUUCUCAUUUUACAAAUUGUUGGAAUAUGUAUGUAUACAGUUAUUGA